AUUGUUUCAGAUGAGAGAUAUGAGCGGCGCAUUGACACGGCAUGGAGUUGUGUUUGGGCGAGGGGAGGCUGGCAGGGGGUGGGCACACACUGAGUUGGAGCGAACAUAGCGGCCGCACAGUGCAGGGAGACAGUAUGUAGAGCAUGUGACGCGCUUGGUGUGUGCCCGCCUGAAGGAGAGCAGCUGGGGCAGAGCAAGGUUACCGGGGCGCAUUGUUCUACCCGGCACUGAGCGGCGGUGACGUGCGGCUCUUCCUACUCGCCAUUUGCUCAGCUACAAAUCCCCGGGAUACACAGCCGCUCUCAGUGACCCGGGUAAUAAUACAGCUUAGCGCAGCUUCCGGGACGUACAUGCUGCGACUUUCCCCGCCUUGUCCUACCCGCAUGAGAUCCUACCUUCCCCGCCGGCUAUAGCGUCUCCCCAGUCUCCCUCCUGCCUCCCCUGCCUCCAUUCCCGCUGCUGCAAUGCGCGACUACGACCAGGCCACGGCUUUCCUGGGAGAAUGGGGUCCCUUCCAGGUGUCAGUGUUCUUUCUGCUCAGCGCCAGCAUCAUCCCCAAUGGCUUCACCGGGCUCUCUGCAGUCUUCCUAGCGGCCACCCCCGAGCAUCGGUGCCACAUACCGGAGAGCGCCAACCUGAGCGCCGCUUGGAGGAAUGCGAGCAUCCCCCGGCAGGACGGGCAGGACAGUCAGUGCCGGAGAUACCGGCUGGGGACCCUCACUAACUACUCGGCUCUGGGGCUGCUCCCCGGGCGGGAUGUGGAUGUGACUGGGAUAGAGCAAGAGCCGUGUCUGGAUGGCUGGAACUACAGCAAAUCCCUUUACCUGUCAACUAUCGUCACUGAGUGGAACUUGGUUUGUGAGAAUGACUGGAAAGGGCCUCUGACCACCUCGCUGUUUUUUGUGGGAGUUCUUAUUGGGUCAUUUGUUUCAGGACAGAUGUCAGACAGGUUUGGCAGGAAGAAGGUUUUGUUUGCUACCAUGGCUGUGCAGACUGGAUUUAGUAUUAUUCAAGUCUUCUCUGUAAACUGGGAGAUGUUCACUGCUUUGUUUAUCAUAGUUGGGAUGGGACAGAUCUCUAAUUAUGUGGCUGCUUUUAUACUUGGUGCAGAAAUUCUUGACAAGUCCGUCCGUAUUAUAUUCUCUACACUAGGGGUCUGCAUUUUCUAUGCAAUUGGCUACAUGCUGCUGCCUCUAUUUGCUUACUUCAUAAGGGACUGGCGGACGCUGCUUCUGGCGCUUACCAUUCCAGGGCUAUUUUGCAUUCCUCUCUGGUGGAUUAUCCCGGAAUCCCCUAGAUGGCUCAUAUCUCAGGGGCGAUUUCAGGAAGCAGAAGACAUAAUACGAAAAGCAGCAAAGAAAAAUGGCAUUACUCCACCAGAUUCAAUAUUUAAUUUUACAGAGCUGCAAGAGCAAAAGGAGCUUACCCACAAAUCUCAUACAUUUCUCGACCUCCUGAAAACAAGGAAUAUUCGCAUAAUAACAUUUCUAUCCAUUUUGCUUUGGAUGAUCAUUUCAGUGGGAUAUUUUGGCUUGUCUCUUAACACUCCCAAUUUACAUGGUGAUCCUUAUGUCAACUGCUUCCUGUCCGCCAUCAUUGAAGUCCCUGCAUAUGUAAUUGCGUGGUUGCUCCUUAGAAGUUUCCCUCGUAGAUACUCAACAGCAAGCACGUUGGUUUUGGGAGGAGUUGUUUUACUCUUUAUACAGCUAGUACCUCAAGAGCUUGGGAUUCUAUCCAUUGUUCUAGUCAUGCUGGGGAAGUUUGGAAUCACUUCCGCUUUUUCCAUGGUUUAUGUAUACACUGCUGAACUGUACCCCACUGUUGUACGAAAUAUGGGUGUGGGAGCCAGUUCAAUGGCAUCCAGAAUGGGCAGCAUCCUGUCUCCUUAUUUUGUUUACCUUGGUGCCUAUGACCGUUUUCUGCCUUUCAUCCUAAUGGGUAGCCUUACAGUACUUAUAGGGAUGUUUACCUUGUGUCUCCCAGAAAGCCACGGCAUGCCUUUACCAGAUACCAUUGAGGAAAUGCUCAGAGUUAAAGGAUUUAGGUACAAAGCAGGAAAAAGACUUAAAAAAGAUAAAGAUAGAAAAGCUAGUGUCUUGUCAAAUACAGCAUUGUGAGGCAGUGAUUUGCAGUCCAUGUACAAAAGGUAAUUCAAAAUGUGCAGAAGUGGAAUGGAUCAGAAUCAGAAAUGGGCUUCAGUCUACCACUAAUAAAAGGGCUGAGACAAGUCAAUGUGAAGAUUGUCUGACAUGAGAAGGGAACUGUAUGCAGUGAACAUGCCUGUAAAAAAGUAACAUUUUGGAUUGCACUGCAUUGUAUACACAUAUCCUAUUCCAUUCACGUGUUGUGCAGUAUUCUGCAAGUUUUGCAGUUGCCCAUCCUGGUACUAAACUCAGUGGAGCAAUGAUACAACAACAAAAUGAAAUCUGGUUAAUUUAUAUGGCAGCUAUUCUGUUGUUCUGCAGUGUGGAAUCAGCCUAAUAGAGGGUAAGACUGGUACUGGUAAUAGAGCAAAGCCACAGGACAAAGCUGCAUAUACGUUAAAUACUGUUAUAAGGAAUUUAAUUACCACUUGUAAGGAAGCCAUUCUUCUAUUUAUAAGGCUUCUUUUAUAAUUUAUUUUCAGUUUCAACCCCUUGCUCGGCAGACCUGUUCUGCUAUAUAUGUGUGUAAGGGAAUCUGAGCGCCACUAACUGACUGUCACUCAUGCUUGCUACUGCACACUCACACAAUUUGUGUCCUUUCCCCAAUUCCUAUCCUGGGAGUUAUGCUCUGUGCAAUUCCUGCCUGGGAUUCAGGCCACAUAUUGUAUUCACACCAAAGGCUUCCUUUCCAGCUGUGCCUUCAUAUGAAAAAUGAGGGUUCCUGUGCACAAAGCCAUUACACUGGUAAUAAUAUCUGAACAAAUUCCCAGUAAUUUCACUGCUUUUAUGAAUAGUACCUCUUCUGUCACUGAUUCUUGCAAGUUAUCAUGCACUAUUUUGUAGGUAGCUGCAGCUAAUGAAUGUUUGUUUAUACAGAUAUAUAUAUAUUUUUUUUUUAUAAGUUUAAAAAAACAAAAACCUAUUGCAGUGCCAUUGAUUAUUCUAUCACUUUUAACGUGUAAGUUCUGACUAAUAUAUAUAAUAUGAUGGUGGCAUCAAUUCUGGUUUACUGCUUAGGAAAAAUAUACCUUUGAUAACUGAUUGUAACUGAAUAUGAUAAGCUAAAUGAGAUUGCCAAAUCACAGUUUAUUAUACCCAGCACCUGUUUCUGUUUUCUCUCCUGCCUUCAUUACUAUCUUUUCCUCUUACUCACUGUACCGCAAUUGUUAAGUGCUGAAAGAGGCAUUCUGAUUAGUCACCUUGUGUACAGGGCAAUAAAAUAUUCUAUUGCAACUGAACAUUUAGGGUUGAUUAGGGCAUCCAACCAGCUUGAACCGGCGCUGCUUCUGUGAUUUAUAAUUAGCAGUAGAAAUUUCAUUUUUUAAAUAAAAUGAAAAGCUGUCUUUUAGCUCUAGCUGAACUACUGUUGUGUUGCCAGCCUUUGGCCUAUUGCUGCUGAUGUCCGUUUUUUACAGGAUAUAUGCACUUAUGGAUCCAAAACAGUGCUGUUUAUUUAUUAACUAUGGUUACCUUUCAGUAGAAAAUAUCAAGCGUUUUCGAUUUGAGAAAGUGGCUCAGCGGCUCAUAUGAGGCUUAUCUUCAGGAUAGUGUUUAUUAAAUGUGCAAACGUUAAGGAUUUUUAAGAUUAAGUAUUAAAUUUUUAGGGCAAAAACAGAAGUGCAGAUUAGCCGCCGCAAUUUUUAAAAUACAGCCGCGGCAAUUAAUCACCCACUGCAGAAGGCAAAGUAGUAAAUCUUCCCCAGUGUGUUCUAAAGUGACAUCAGUAGGCUGGUUUAACCCAUUCGGUCCCAGGGUCCUUUUUAUCUCGCUGUAUUGGGUGUUUACCUUCAACACACAGCGCAGUUCUGCCUCUUUGGCCUACAGCUGAAAAUGCUAUCUAGUCUCCAGGGUCACUGACCCCAGCAACCCAAAAACAUACUGACUGUGAGGUUUCAGUCUUAUUGUUAGCCUUAUUUUAUAUUGCUCAUUUUUCUAUUCAGUGCCCUACUAUCGACUGUAUUCCAUGCUAAAAUUCCAAGCCUGAUAGCUGUGCAACAAAAGUGUAAAUAAACAAAAAACACACACAAAAGAUAAACUACUGUCAUAAAUAAAUAGAUAAUAAUAAUACACUUGCAACCUUAGCUUCAACAAAACCUACAAUGAAACUUGAUGCAUUACUGUGAUAUAAUAUGCUUUCUAUAUAAUAUGUAAUGUCCCUUCAAUAUUAUAUGUAAUUUGCUUUCUAUAUUACAUUCAAAGGCCAGUUCUAUGUGCACUACACAGGGGCAUAUCUUAUAUUGGUAGAUGAUGAACCUUCUUGUUAUAUUAAAUAGUAAAACCUAUGCUUACAAUAUGUUAUAGCAAAUAUUAUUAGCCUAAAUGCCAGUAUUCCUAACAAACAAACCAGGCAAUUUCUGACCACUCCUGGAAUAACAACCUGAUUUGCCUAAUCUGUACCUUUUUUUUUUCCCUGGGGGAAUCUGGGAAAUUCCCAUUAAUGUAACAUUUGGAUACAAUGGAAAUGUAUUUAUACUGACUAGUGAAAUCUAAUUGUAAGUGAUCCUGGCAGAAUUCCUCCCGUACAAUGGAAUGGCCAACUGGUGAGAGUGCCAGUUUCUGUUCUGCUCUGCUGCCCCACGCCUUAUACAGUAGCUUUGUAAUAGAAUGUUUUCUUGUUGUUUGUUAGGGAGCUUUAUUAUAAAAAUAAAAUGUUUUGUUUGUGAAUGUAAAUGUGUAGUGGUAAAAAAAAGAAAAAAAUUAACUAUUAUUAAAGUUAUGUACACUUUUUCUGCUUGCCUACAGUAUGUACAUGUAUUUCUUGGGGCCAUUCCUAGGGCUGUGCAGGGUGUAUACCCAGAACUAGGCACGCGCCCUUGGGUCCCUAUAUAGGAAGUAUGGCCCUGGGCCAGUCUUCUGUUUGUCUAGCAAUGAAAUUCAAUCUUCAAAUUAAAUGACAUGCAAUUGCACCAAUUGCUGUUCCAGGUAGUGCAACGGUUACAAGUGUUUGAUUAUGGAGCUCAGAUCAGAUGGGGAGUGUGUUAUUAUCUCCCUGGGCCAUUGUGCUGUACAAGCCAUAGCAGCCACUAAUCUUUCCUGGGGGCAUAAAUAUCUCCCAUUUCUUCUAUGCCAGAAUACAUGGGAAGGAAGAAGGGCACGGGUUACAUAAAGAACUAUAGACACUUUUUCGGUUUGCCUUUUAUCUACUGGGCAGUGCAGUCUAGGGUAUAAAUGAACUUUAUUUGAAUGAUAGUGCUUUUAACUCUCAGGGACAGUUGUGGAACUGUGUGUGUGUAAUUGUUAUAGAUAUUUCCCAUAGAUUGCUUCAGUAUAGUUUCUUUUCACACUGUGAUUUACAAUCUUUAAUUCUUAUUUAUUGUCUGUUUAUUGUCCCCUUUUCUCCCUGCGGUAUCACUGAGCACAACAAUGCAAUUCCUGUGAUUUAGGAAUUUUUUUAUUUAGAAUAAAUAUUAUUUGGAAUAAUAACCAAUAAAUGCUGACUCUUUUAGAAUUUA